AUGCUCAAGCUGUGGAAGGUGGUACGCCCAGCUCGGCAGCUGGAACUGCACCGCCUCAUACUGCUGCUGAUCGCUUUCAGUCUGGGCUCCAUGGGCUUCCUGGCUUACUACGUAUCCACCAGCCCCAAGGCCAAGGAACCCUUGCCCCUGCCCUUGGGAGACUGCAGCAGUGGUGGGGCAGCUGGCCCUGGCCCUGUACGUCCACCAGUCCCACCACGGCCCCCCAGGCCACCAGAGACAGCUCGAACUGAACCUGUGGUCCUUGUGUUUGUGGAGAGUGCAUACUCACAGCUGGGGCAGGAGAUUGUGGCCAUCUUGGAGUCUAGUCGUUUUCGUUAUAGCACUGAGCUAGCACCCGGCCGAGGGGACAUGCCCACACUGACUGAUCAUACCCGUGGCCGCUAUGUCUUGGUCAUUUAUGAAAACCUGCUCAAGUAUGUCAACCUGGAUGCCUGGAGUCGGGAACUGUUAGACCGGUACUGUGUGGAGUACGGUGUGGGCAUCAUUGGCUUUUUCCGAGCCCAUGAACAUAGCCUACUGAGUGCCCAGCUCAAGGGUUUUCCCCUUUUCCUACACUCAAACUUGGGGCUCCGGGACUACCAAGUGAAUCCUUCUGCCCCCUUACUGCAUCUCACACGCCCCAGCCGCCUGGAACCUGGGCCGCUGCCUGGUGAUGACUGGACCAUCUUCCAAUCCAAUCAUAGCACAUAUGAACCAGUGCUUCUUGCCAGCCUUCGGCCAGCUGAAUCCCCUGUGCCAGGACCAGUGCCUCGCCGGACCCGGCUUCCCACUGUCGUACAAGACCUGGGGCUUCAUGAUGGCAUCCAGCGGGUGCUCUUUGGCCAUGGCCUUUCCUUCUGGCUCCACAAACUUGUUUUUGUUGAUGCUGUUGCAUACCUCACUGGCAAGCGCCUCUGCCUAGACCUUGACCGCUACAUCUUGGUAGACAUUGAUGACAUCUUUGUGGGCAAGGAAGGUACCCGCAUGAAGGUGGCUGAUGUUGAGGCUCUGUUGACCACCCAGAACAAACUCAGGACCUUAGUCCCCAACUUCACUUUCAACUUGGGCUUCUCGGGCAAGUUCUAUCAUACUGGGACAGAGGAGGAAGAUGCAGGGGACGACAUGCUGCUGAAGCACCGCAAAGAGUUCUGGUGGUUCCCCCACAUGUGGAGCCACAUGCAGCCACACCUGUUCCACAAUCGCUCCGUGCUGGCUGACCAGAUGAGGCUCAACAAACAGUUUGCUCUGGAACAUGGGAUUCCCACGGAUCUGGGGUAUGCUGUGGCCCCCCACCACUCGGGUGUAUACCCCAUCCACACGCAACUCUAUGAGGCCUGGAAAUCUGUGUGGGGCAUCCAGGUGACCAGCACUGAGGAAUAUCCCCAUCUCCGCCCUGCCCGCUACCGCCGUGGCUUCAUUCACAAUGGCAUUAUGGUAUUACCACGGCAGACAUGUGGACUCUUCACUCACACAAUCUUCUAUAAUGAAUAUCCUGGAGGCUCUCGUGAACUAGACCGGAGCAUCCGAGGUGGAGAGCUCUUUCUGACAGUGCUGCUUAAUCCGAUCAGCAUUUUUAUGACCCAUCUGUCAAAUUAUGGAAAUGAUCGGCUGGGCCUGUAUACCUUUGAGAGCCUGGUGCGUUUCCUUCAAUGCUGGACACGGCUGCGCCUACAGACCCUUCCUCCUGUCCCUCUUGCACGAAAGUACUUUGAACUGUUCCCUCAAGAGCGAAGCCCCCUUUGGCAGAAUCCCUGUGAUGACAAGAGGCACAAAGAUAUCUGGUCCAAGGAGAAAACCUGUGAUCGGCUACCCAAGUUCUUGAUUGUGGGACCCCAGAAAACAGGGACCACAGCUAUUCACUUCUUCCUGAGCCUGCACCCAGCUGUGACUAGCAGCUUCCCUAGCCCCAGCACCUUUGAGGAGAUUCAGUUCUUCAACGGCCCUAAUUACCACAAGGGUAUUGAUUGGUACAUGGACUUCUUCCCUGUCCCUUCCAAUGCCAGCACUGACUUUCUCUUUGAAAAAAGUGCCACCUACUUUGACUCAGAGGUUGUACCACGUCGGGGGGCUGCCCUUCUGCCACGAGCCAAGAUCAUCACUGUGCUCACCAACCCUGCUGACAGGGCCUACUCCUGGUAUCAGCACCAGCGAGCACAUGGAGACCCAGCUGCUCUGAAUUAUACUUUCUACCAGGUGAUUUCAGCCUCCUCUCAGGCCCCUCUGGCACUUCGCUCCCUGCAGAACCGCUGUCUUGUCCCUGGCUACUAUUCCACCCAUCUGCAGCGCUGGCUGACUUACUACCCCUCUGGACAGUUGCUGAUUGUGGAUGGGCAAGAGCUGCGUACCAACCCAGCUGCCUCAAUGGAGAGCAUCCAGAAGUUCCUGGGUAUCACACCCUUUCUGAACUACACACGGACCCUCAGGUUUGAUGAAGAUAAGGGAUUCUGGUGCCAGGGACUUGAAGGUGGGAAGACUCGUUGUCUGGGCAAAAGCAAAGGCCGGAGGUAUCCGGAUAUGGACACUGAGUCCCGCCUUUUUCUUAUGGAUUUUUUCCGGAACCACAAUUUGGAUCUGUCGAAGCUGCUAAGCCGGCUUGGACAGCCAGUGCCCUCAUGGCUUCGGGAAGAACUGCAACAUUCCAGUCUGGGCUGA